AAAUGAGAGCGCUAUGUCUCAACGUUUCUCUAUUCACAGCGACUCUUCCCAAAAAUAACACUCCUCUUAUCCACUCCUACUGUAACUGCUUUUCCACUUCCUUUCCCGGCGAUAAUGGCCGUUUCGGGCAACGAGUCACCACUACUCGCCGGAGAAACAGCAAGUCGGAGAUUUUUCUCGGCGACGAAGAGGAAGUCCAAGCAGGAGAAAACGAGAAAUUUUCCAGCAUAGCUGAAGAAACAUCUAGGGCUAUGAGAUUGAGGAGGUCUAAAGGUGUUGUAGACACAGAGGAGGAAGAAGAAGAGGACGAUUCGUCGAUGUUGCUAUCUCUGAGUGUGAAACCAGACCGAAACAUGGCUUUACUUGAUGAUUAUGAAAUGGAGGAGCUCGAUUUUGUUCCUGAAAAUCCUAAUCAUCGCAGUGGAUAUGUAGCUGUGCUUGGGAAGCCGAAUGUUGGGAAAAGUACACUUUCCAAUCAAAUGGUUGGGCAGAAACUGUCAAUUGUUACUGAUAAACCUCAAACUACUCGUCAUCGAGUUCUUGGAAUAUGUUCUGGUCCAGAUCAUCAGAUGAUACUUUAUGACACUCCCGGUGUCAUAGAGAAGAAAAUGCAUAAGCUAGAUACAAUGAUGAUGAAGAAUGUCCGAAGUGCAGCUGUUAAUGCAGACUGCGUGCUUGUUGUUGUGGACGCAUGUAAGGUUCCUGCAAAGAUAGAUGAAGUGUUGGAAGAGGGUGUUGGAGACCUAAAGUAUAAAGUACCAACAUUGUUAGUCUUGAAUAAGAAGGACCUAAUCAAGCCUGGUGAAAUUGCAAAGAGACUUGAGUGGUACGAGAAAUUUACGGACGUUGAUGAGGUCAUACCUGUAAGUGCGAAGUAUGGUCAUGGAGUAGAAGAUGUCAAAGACUGGAUAUUAUCUAAACUUCCUCUUGGGCCUGCUUAUUAUCCCAAGGACAUUGCUAGUGAGCAUCCUGAAAGAUUUUUUGUGGCUGAAAUUGUCAGAGAGAAGAUAUUUCUGCAAUACCGAAAUGAAGUUCCUUAUGCAUGCCAGGUUAAUGUAGUUAGUUACAAGACUAGACCGAAUGCGAAAGACUUCAUUCAAGUCGAAGUUAUAGUGGAGAGAAACACUCAAAAGAUCAUCCUUAUUGGAAAGGAAGGGAAGGCUUUAAAGCUUCUUGCCACAGCUGCAAGGCUUGACAUAGAAGAUUUCCUACAAAAGAAAGUUUUUCUGGAGGUUGAGGUGAAGGUGAAAGAGAAUUGGAGGCAAGAUGAAGGUCUCCUGAAGGACUACGGCUACGGGGGCCAUAUUCAAGCUUUGUGAUUUGGAAACUCUGUUUUGAACUCUUAAUGGAUGGAAUGUGAAUGAUGAUCAGUAGCUCUUGAUGCUCUCCAUGAUGAACUAGCUGUAAUUUCUAUAAAUGUUUCCCAAAGUACAGCAGGCUAAUUAAGCAGACGGGAUUUUGUGAAAGUUCUUGAUGUCAGGAUCAGGUACAAGAAAUAUCCUUGCGGAGAGAUCAUGAUGUAAAUGCACCAGAUCUCAUCUCAGCUGCCAAUCUCAUUUCUGAUUAAUGUAGUUGUCCCUUGAGGGAUGCCGUUGAAGGGAGGAAGAACUUGACAGAAGAUGCAGGUGGCUGCCUGCUCAGCAAGUAAACCUUACACGUUCGUUCUGUCUUUACUACUCAACUGUCUAACUAAUAUUGCAAUGUUAAGACAUUCUGAUGUACUAAUUGCUGCUGUUAAUUGGAAAAAGUAGAGAGACGUGUAUUGCUUCAAAUUCUGGCGGGAACUGAUUCAUAUCACUGCAAGACAUGUUUUUGUGCACAAAUUAUUUUGUAAAUUUUAUUUGCAGUAGAGAUUUUUGUAGGAAGUAGUCUUCAGCUGUCACUGGAUCGGUACAUUGUCUUUCACAUUUCCAAAGUUUUAUACUGGUGUGUGAAUUUAAUUAUUGUAUCUUUGACAUUUUCAAUCUUU